UUCGGUAAUUCAUACCCACCCUGUCGGUUUGAUUUUUUCCGGUGUGCACUUCUUUUGACAAUGUAAUAGCAUUCGCUGGGCAAAACAUUGCACCGAAAAUAAAAGGAGCAUGCAGCAUUGGCGUCGCGCGGUGUGUGUUUGCUAAAAGCGUCCCUGUUUCGUCGUUUUCCACUUCUGGUGAGGGCGCAGAAAAGCGCAGUAAAAGAUACGGAAAUUCCCGUGUGCCUGAAACGCGGCCUGCACAAACGAUGGCCAACUGUCUACGGAGCGUUACGCGGAAAAGUCGUUCGGUGGUAGGUGGAAUGUUCACACCCCGUCCGUACGGUUCCGGUGCGAACGGAUGCGAGCUGCAUCGUGCCUGCGUCGCCGGUGCAACCAAUGUUGCUGCAAAUAAUCGAUGCAAACCACCGGUUGGUGCACUAUCACACGCAUUUGCAGGCGAUGCAUUUAAGGCGGAUCGGAACAGAAGUACAUUGAUCAAAUCACACACACACUACAGUGAUCGGUGCGAACGAAGUGAGAUCCAAUAUUGCAGUGAGGGUACAUCCUCUACAGCUACCGGCAACCAGUCGAAAGAGAAUCAACCAUCCGAGGAGCAGUUGCAUCGUGUAUAUCACGUGCUUUCGCAAACAUUACCCAAGCUAUUCGUGCAACCGCUCGACUAUUCUAUCUACAGUCCAAACUUAAUCUUCGAGAAUAACAUUCGUGGUACACGGACAGAAGGACUGUACCAUUACGUGAAGCAAAUCGCACUGUUGCGCACCGUCGGUCACCUAAAAUUUGCUUACGUUACUUUCGAAAUACUGAAAAUUACCAAACAUCCCGAGGAUAACACCGUGAAGGUACGAUGGCGUAUUCGGGGCAUUAGUGCGCUCAAGGUGAUGCUCCAGUUUUGGAAGUAUAAGCUAUGGAAGCUGAAAGAGAUAUUCGAGGGGCAGGAAGCUUGGUACGAUGGUUUCUCAGUGUUAUACGUUGGCCCGGAUGGAUUGGUGUCUAAGCAUGUAGUUGAUAAGAUAAUGCCCGACGAUGAUACGGUGAAGGUCCCGCCGAAAACUAUCGUUUCACCAAAGCUGGCUUUAAUGGUUGGACUCACGGCAGAAAUCGGUCCUGUAGUGAGUACGAUGAAUUGAACUGCCGUCGCACACAUCCUGUUUUGUGCGCCGGGCGAGGGGGGGCUGGUAUUAGCAAGAUUUAUGUUGUGCCGCGCUUUUGCUUCAUUUGGUUGCUGCAAGUUGUGCUGUUUUUGAUGGUUUUUUUUAUACUAUAGUGUUAUAAGUUAUGAAAUGACCUUAGUAGCAGGCUUUGUUUAGGGGAAACAAAGAAAUAAAAGAAAAGAAAUAGAACAGAAGA